AUGAGCGCACCCGCCGCCCCAAAUGACAACAAAACUGAAAAGCCCGAGCGCGAACAUGUCUACGCCGUCACCAUACCCAGUCUUCAGUGGAAACGCGGCGAGGUAAUCCCCACAGCCUUUGUCAAUGGCACCCCGCAACUCCAAGCCAAGGUGAAGCAACAUGCUCAAGAACUCGAAAAGCACGCCAAUUUUCGCUUCAAGUUCCGGCCUUCUGAGCAUGGCCCCGCCAGGAUUACCAUCGCCAUGGAUCCCCAGUUAGGCUCCUACUCAAAACUUGACACCCAGUCUCCCGUCGCUGCCUACAACAAUCCCGACAAUCCCACCAUGAACUUGCGUAUCGACGAGACAACACCAGAUGCCGGGAUUCGAAGAACCUGCAUGCACGAGCUUCUUCACGCAAUCGGGUUUGACCAUGAGCACCAGUCACCAGCCGCCAACAUUGAGUGGGAUGAAGAUGCUGUGUACGAGGAAAUGGCCAAGAGCGGUUGGACACGUGAGAAGACUCAACAAGCGCAACGUGCAGCACUCAAGAUUCGACCACGAUUCAAUCAUGAUGUACCCGAUCCAAGAGAACCGGACAAGGAACGGGUUUUCCAACACUCGGAACACCAUGCUUUUUGA